AGGAUUCAGCAGCAUUGAAGCGCAUCUCAUCUCCCAUUACCACAAUCACAACAAGAAACGCUCUUUUUGGACACAUUUAUAGCACCUUGGAGGAUUUCUGAAGGGGCCAGAAGAUCAGGCUGUAUCCACUGUAUCCACAAUGAAGCUGGUACCAGAUUUAUGGAGGCAGGAGUUGUGGCUUCCUCCGGGUGUGACUUGGGAGGACAUGGAACGCCUGGGGCCAUCUGCUCGCCCCCGACCCCAGGACCUGCUCAUCACACUGCCCCUCGCUUUGGGCUUUGUUGUUCUGCGGUACCUUUUUGAGAGGUUCUGCGCCCCACCCAUGUCCAGAUGUUUGGGGGUGAGGGAUAGGUUACAAGUGCCUGCAGCCUCCUCCCCUAAACUGGAGUCCUAUUACAAACAGAAGAGCAGAAAACCCUCACAGAAAGAAAUAGUACUUCUGAUGUCACAGUGUGGGAAAACUCAGAGGCAAAUUGAGACAUGGUUCAGGCUCCGCAGGAACCAGGACCGGCCGGGUCAGACUAAGAAGUUUGGGGAAGCCGCAUGGAGAUUCUUUUUCUACAGUGCAGCCUUCAUUGCUGGAUUAAGUUGCUUGAUUAAUCGGCCGUGGUUUUGGGACCUGAGGGAGUGCUGGAGACAAUAUCCUGUACAGCCCAUGGAAUGGACACAUUAUUGGUACUACAUGCUUGAGCUUGGCUUUUAUGCAUCACUGCUUCUCAGGAUUUCUGUGGAUGUUAAAAGAAAGGAUUUCAGGGAACAAGUGAUCCACCAUUUGGCCACAAUCUUCCUACUGAGUUUCUCCUACUGCGCCAACUACAUUCGCAUUGGGACAUUGGUCAUGCUCCUUCACGACUCAUCGGACAUCUUGCUAGAGUCUGCUAAGAUGUUCAACUAUGGCACAGGCUGGAGAAAAACAUGUGACUCUCUUUUCAUUGUAUUUGCCGCUGUUUUUCUUGUCACUCGACUAGUCAUUUUCCCAAGCAAGAUCAUCCACUCCACUCUAGUUCUGUCCAUGGAAGUAUUUGAGCCCUUUUUUGGUUACUACUUUUUCAACAUUCUGCUGAUGGUGCUACAGGCGCUCCACUUGUUUUGGGCUGGUUUAAUCCUCAGAAUGAUCUAUAAGUUCCUCAAAGGCAAGCUGGAGAAGGACGAGCGCAGUGACGAUGAAAGUGACAUUGAGGAGUAUGACAAAGAGGAUGAGGAGCAGUUUGAACAGGGCGCCACCUGCUGCUGGGACAGAGGCAAAGACAGCCUUAAUUCCAAACUCUCAGUUCUGACCAACAGUUGUGUCCUGAACAAUUUAACCAACCACAGAGCAUCUGUGGCUGACCGGAUGAGGAAAGCCCAGUGAUGAUCACAUUGUGUUCAGCUCUGAAAAAGCCAUACCGACUUUUGAAUACUUUGAGACGAACGCCACGCUGGUGGUCACAAAUACUGUACUUCAUUACACUAGAGAAGUUUUGUUUAAUUAAGAAAGCAUUUAUGUUGUAAAGGUUGUUUCUUUUUGCCAUAACUGUCAUGUACAUAAACGCCUGUGGGAUGGAUGGGAUGGGCGUGUUCAUGUUAAAUCAGGUCCCAUAUGACGGAUGGUUGAUGCAUGUGCUGCUCAAGGCAAAACUCACUUUAGCCUUUUGUGCCUUUGUUACCAGUGUCAAUCUUUUUGUGCAUAAUUUAUUAUUUAAAACGAUCUGCAAAUGGCACAUCACAUACAACUAUUGAAAAAUACAACUUAGCAUUUGACAAGGAGUCACACUGCUGGACUGAAUACUUCUCUGUCAAAGUAUUCAUUUGCAAAAACAGAUCAUUCUUUAAAGCUGAAAAUUUCUAUUUUUGUUAUAAUAUUCUGUGAGUAAGUUUAGAAAAUAUUGAAUGUCUCACCUGUUUUUAAUGGCUCUUAUGUUUUUGCAAAUGAACAAAUUAAUGUGAUGUUUUUGGUUUUUUUUAAACUAAAAAAAACAACUUUAUUAAUAGAGUAAUAGUCUCCUCAGAAGAAAAUGCAGUAAAAUCUAAGUUUAGAGAAUGACUGUAAACAGUGACGCACAUUAACACAGAAGAAACACAGUGCUCUGUAAGACCUCCCAGUAAUAACCUUUUAUAUUGUAAAUAUAUUCCUGUAUCACACAAUACUAACACAAUAAAUUGUAUUGAAGAAUAUG